AUGGCUACAUCGUCUUCAAACUCAGCAACUUCACGCAUAACGAAACUUGUUAAAUGCUAUUGUGGUGAUGUGUGCUACGUAGCAGUGUCAAGAACAUCAGAUAACCCUGGUAGAAAAUUUUGGGGAUGCCCUAAUUUCAAGGAGUCUUCAAGGUGUCGUUUUUUCAAGUGGGUGGAUGAAUGUGGGAACAAAUCUAUCCAGCAAGAAGAUGAAUUGAUGGGUUUGAUGAAGAUUGUUGCUGAAUUGAUGGGUUUGAUGAAGAUUGUUGCAGGGUUGUUAAUGUUUAAUGCAAUAAUGCUUGUAAUUGUUGUCCUAAAAAUGUAA